AUGUCUUUUGUAUUUCCUGGAAUUAAUAUAACAUUUGAAGAUUUUGUUCAGAAAUUACUAAAAAUAAAAUUUAAAGAUUUUGAAAAACCAGCAAAAACAGAUCAAGAAAAAAGAAACAAAGGAAAAGUCUUUGAAUAUUUUUUAUAUGAACUAGUAUCUCAUAAUAGAAUGAUU